AUGGCAAGAGGGCUCUGUGUUGGAAGGACAGAUGGAUCAAUGGGUGAAUGGCGUGUGAGAUCGCACCGCUCGUGUGGGUCAAGCAAGCUCCACCUAUGGUCUACUAUUGGAAGGCUCGACUCUCUUCAUCGCCCCAUGGCUGUGGAAGACCAAGGUGCCUCUAACCUUCAAAAUUCCCGUCUGGCUGAUUAUUCAAUACCGUACUUGAAUGAUAGACGGCAGAGACGAGAGUCGUCGAGCGGAGCCAAGGCGCACGGGGCGGGGGGUCGCGCUCUCGCGACGAGGCCUGUUGACGAACCGCGAACCUCCCACGAGUCGAGGAAGCACAAGAGACUCGAGGCCGUCCGUCGUCCUCGGUCUCAUCAUUCCAGCGACGAUGGACGGCUCGGGAGAUCCGGCCACGAGGGUGGCGACAGGGGCCGGCGUGAUGCUGCGCCGGCGAGGCAGCUCGGCGCCGGCGCAGUUGUUGCGUCAAGCCCUCGUUCGCGGAGCGGCGACCGAGGAAAAGUGGCUGCGAAGUAUGCUGCACCCGUGGUGUCCGAAGAUAGCGUGGAGGAAGGUGAUGAUGAAGAGAUGGAAGACACCAGCUCAGCUGACGAUGGGAGAUUCGGCCAUACGGGCCGGCAUGGUGCUGCACCGGCGAGGCAGGCCGGCGCGGUUGUUGCAUCUCGUAAUCGUUCACGCGACGGCCACCGAAGAAGUAGAAUUGUGGUAACUGAUGACAGCGGGGAUGACGAUGGAGAUGAAGAGACGGGAAGUUCAGAUGACAAUGAUGAGGAAUCCCGAGAUAACGAGGAGAAGGAGGAGGAGGAUGGGAUCAAGGGGACGAACACGGAUGACGAUUGUGGCGAUAGUGGCGAUAGCGAGGAGGAGGAGGAGGAGGAAGAGGAUGUGAUGAACGGGACGAACAAGGAUGAUGAAAGUGACGACAAUGAGGAGGAGGAGGAUGAUGAUGAGAGGAAGAACAAGGGGAAGAGCAAGGGGGCUGAUGAUGUGAUGAAGAGAAAGAAGGAGGAUGUGGAUGUGAUGAAGGGGAAGAAGAAGGAGGAUGACAAUGGUAAUAGCCCCGGCAGAUGCAAAUCCGUAGAGGAGGAGGUCGGUGGGGAGGACGACGGAAACAGCACUCACGACGACAGUUCUGAUGCCAAUGCUGACGAAGAGGAGUCUGACGACACUACAGAGACAGAGGAGGAGGAGGAGGAGGAGGAGGAGCAGGAGGCGGAGGAGGAAGAAGAAGAAGAAUCUGACGAGGCAGAGCAGGACCGGCGUGUCGCGCCUAGACGCAACGGCGAGGCAGGGCAGGACCAGCGUGUCGCGCCUCGCAGCACCGGCGAGGCCGGUGGGAGGGCCAGACCAGCCGUCGAGGGCUUGCCAAGAAUCAGAAAGAGGAGAUUCGAGGGGUUGUGGAUCGUCGAGGAGCCCGACACCACCGCCCCCCCUCCCGGCCGGGGUCUCAUCAGUGAGCGGACACGGUCGCAGCUGAGCUGCUCCAACAAGAAACUGCUGAAACGUGGUACUGUAAGCAGGCCGGUCCUGCUCGACACAUCUUCCUCCGGCUCCGAGCCAGAGGAAGCCGUGCCACCGCCUCAGCCAACCAGCUGGGCGGCCGAGGACGACAGCGCCGGCGAAGACAGAAGGCCGGCGAAUAGGAAGAAGAAGAGACGGUGCCGGGAGCAGAUCGGCCAAGGCGGGCGCUCAGAGGAAGAGGACGACCACAACGACGACCCAGACGCUGAACCUGACGACGACAGAACGUUCCCAUGGAACGCCAGGAAGGGGCCGAGCUCAAGCCGGCCGAAGACCGGAGCGUCAAACCGGCAGCAGUCCGCUGCCAAAGAACGUGGCAAAACCCACGCUGGCUCUUCUACCAACCCACGACGCGCCAAGAAUCGCGCUGCGAACACAGCAGAGGGGCGCGGUCUGCAGGAUGACAUUUCCUUCAAGAAAAGCUCCCUGUCUCAUCGCAAGAGGAAGCAUCCGGAGGAGGAGGACAUCCCUUGCAAUGAUCGACUCUCCUCCUUAUUCGACGGGAUACCGAGCUACCGGAAUGGCUCUGCUCCUGCCGAUGCACAGGGCGGCGGCAGCGACACGAUGCCUCUGGUGUUCAAGUUCGGGGAGGAAGCAGAAGUGAAAUCAGAGCAUGACGAGCUUGAGGAUCAACUGUGGGGAGACUACGAUUUUGUCCUUGAAGCCAACAAUGCCAAUGCUCACAGCUCCGAGGAGGUUGAAGAGAGCCAGGGGCAAGAUAUUCCAUCAGACCAAAAAACUUUAAGCAGUCAAGGGAAGCAUGAUUUAUUUACCGAUGACCAAAUUGGAACUUGGUGCAAGCACUGCGGCUUUGUUCUUGAAAUUAAAUAUGUAAUGGCCCCUAUGGAGAGUACAUCACUGGUAGUCAUAAAAGUGGCCCUGUAUGGAAUCUCAUUCCUGGUAUCCGAGAAGACAUGUUCCCACACCAGCAGGAAGCCUUUCAUGUGGAAGAAACUGGCCGGAGGAAUUGACAUUGAAGAAGUGAAGAAGAUUGUGAAAACUGAUACUCUAAGUGGCUGUGUGAUCUCUCACGCCCCAGGGACGGGGAAGACCAGAUUAGCGAUCACAUUUGUUCAAUCUUACCUCGAGGUUUUCCCGCAGUGUUUUCCGGUCAUCAUUGCCCCCAAGGGGAUGCUUGACACAUGGGAAACUGAGUUCAGGAAAUGGAAUGUGAAGAUACCUUUCCACAUACUGAAUUCCAGAGAUAUCCACUGGCAUGGAGAUAAAACGGUCGAAAAACUGGCCUCGAAUGAUAAGGAUUUGGCCCGAAGGCUGUCCAUAAGCAGCAUUGACAAGAAUUAUAUGCGCGCGCUGAAAUUGCGAUCGUGGGCUGAGGGGAGUAGAAUCAUUGGACUAAGCUACAGCCUGUUCCAGAAGCUCACCAAAGGAGAAGGCAAUGAUGAUGACAAGCUGAGGCAGAUGCUUCUUCAAAGGCCUGACUUGCUGAUCCUUGAUGAAGGACACACGCCAAGGAACAAGGAGAGCAAUAUUUUUAAGGCUCUUGCUGAAGUUCGUACAAAAAGGAGAAUUAUCCUAUCCGGAACUCCUUUUCAAAAUAACUUUGAAGAGCUUCGGAGCAUGUUUAGCCUGUUACUUCUGGCAAAUUUUGAAGCCAUGGAUUUCUUUCCUUCUUCGAAACUACACAACAUGACAGAUGUGAUGGUAGACGAGAUCAGGAAAAAAUUGGACCCUUUUGUGCACAUCCAUAAUGGCGACAUUCUUCAUAAAUCCCUCAAAGGACUAAGAGAAUCUGUUGUGAUUCUGAAUCCUCUUCCCAGCCAGAAGAGGAUAAUCGCAAUGAUGGAGAAACAUAAAACACGUGGCAAACAUCCUCAGAAAAAUAAGACACAGGGCAGCACUUUUGAGUCGGAAUACAAGAUAUCUCUUGCGUCUGUACAUCCGUCCCUCGUUGCUGGCAUGGAAAAGUUGCCAAAAGAAGUAAAAUCUGUUGUGGACGAGCUUCCAUUGGAGAGGUUACGGCUGAAGCCAAGUGAAGGAGUUAAGACGAGGUUUGUGUACGAGGUUGUGCGUUUAUGUCAAGCUUUAAAAGAGCGAGUGCUUGUGUUUAGCCAGUUUCUUGAACCAUUGGAGUUGAUGAUGCAACAACUGAGGAAUGAGUUCAACUGGACCAAAGGCAAAGAGAUCAUGUAUAUGAGUGGAAAUGUCUCCCCUAAAACCCGCAAAACCUUGAUGGUGGCCUUCAAUGAUGUGGAGAGCGAGGCCAACGUGAUGCUUGCAUCGACCAAGGCGUGUGGAGAAGGUAUCACCCUCGUUGGAGCAUCGCGUGUGGUGCUCCUUGAUGUUGUGUGGAACCCUUCUGUUGGAAGGCAGGCGAUUGGACGUGCAUAUCGUAUUGGUCAACAAAAGAUUGUCCAUACAUACAAUCUAAUCGCAAAAGGAACACAAGAGAAGGCCAAAUAUGACACACAAGCUAAGAAGGACCAAAUGUCCAAAUUGCUAUUUUCAAGUGAGCCACAGCCUGCAGAGUGCAGCCGGUCAUCAGAAUUUAUUUCCAAUGACAGGAUUUUGGAACAGAUGACUGAAGAUGAAGAUCUGAAAGAGAUGUUUGUGAGUAUUCUCCCGUCGCAGUGGUGA